GCUGGCCGCUGGCCGCAGACUGUCCCAGCCAGAGCAGAGAGAGGGGAAGGAGCAAGUGGCCCAGGGAAUCGGGCACUUAGAGAGGGCCUAGUUUGACCAGGACCCCCUAACCCUGCCUGGAGAGGUGGUGGCUGCUGUCCAUUGUGGCCUGGGAGACGCCACCGAGGCUCACCGCAGUCGCCUGCAGGAUCUCCCCAUCAGGCUCACUUCCUCCCCUGCUCAGCUCCAGGUCCUGAGAUUGAAUUAGCGGCUGGAACUCACUGCACUCCACCAUCAUGGGACCCAGAAUGGGACCAGCAGGUGAGGGGCCCCAGAUGCCAAACAAGGACAGCAAGGCUGCAAUGGGCACAGAAGAUAUACCGGAAGGCAAAGCCAGCCCAGAGCCUCAGGACUCCAGGCCGCAUGUGUUCCACAGCAUCAAGUUCUUCAUCCUGUGCCACAGCCUGCUGCAGCUGGCACAGCUCAUGAUCUCUGGGUACCUCAAGAGUUCCAUCUCCACCGUGGAGAAGCGCUUCGGCCUCUCCAGCCAGACCUCUGGGCUACUGGCCGCCUUCAAUGAGGUGGGUAACACAGCGUUGAUUGUGUUUGUGAGCUAUUUUGGCAGCCGAGUUCACCGGCCCCGCAUGAUCGGCUGUGGGGCUGUCCUUGUGGCCCUGGCAGGGCUACUCAUGAGUGUUCCACACUUCAUCUCAGAGCCAUACCACUAUGACCACACCAGCCCUGAGGAUAUGUCACAGGACUUUGAAGCUUCCCUGUGCCUGCCCACAACCUCAGUCCCAGCCCCUGACUUCUCCAAUGGCAGCUGCUCCAGCUACACAGAGGUCCAGCAUGUGACCGUGGUGGGCGUCAUGUUUGUGGCACAGACCCUGCUCGGCGUGGGGGGGGUGCCCAUUCAGCCCUUCGGUAUCUCCUACAUCGAUGACUUUGCCCAUCACAGCAACUCACCCCUCUACCUUGGGAUCCUGUUUGCUGUGACCCUGAUGGGACCAGGUAUGGCCUAUGGGCUGGGCAGCCUUAUGCUCCGCCUCUACGUGGACAUUGACCGGAUGCCAGAAGGUGGUGUCAGCCUGACCCCAAAGGACCCCCAAUGGGUGGGCGCCUGGUGGCUCGGCUUUCUCAUCUCUGCUGGCAUAGUGGCACUGGCUGCCAUCCCCUACUUCUUCUUCCCCAGGGAAAUGCCCAAGGAGAAGCAUGAGCUUCACUUCUGGAGAAAGGCACUGGCGGGUGCAGCCUCAUCUGUCAGCAAGGUAGGACCUUCCAUCUCCUGCCUCAGCCCAGGCUCCAGCCCUCAUCCAUGGCAGGAUGGGCAGACACAGGCUAUGGCUGGCCUGCCCACUCUGACCUCUGACUUCCUCUCUACUUGUCCAACAGUCUUCCCCAGGGUGCUGCUGCGGACCCUGCGCCAUCCCAUCUUCCUUCUGGUGGUCCUGUCUCAGGUGUGCAUGUCAUCCACGGCGGCAGGCAUGGCCACCUUCCUGCCUAAGUUCCUGGAGCGCCAGUUCUCCGUCACAGCCUCCUUCGCCAACAUGCUCAUUGGAGGCCUCGCCAUCCCCACGGCCAUUGUGGGCAUCGUGGUGGGGAGCGUCCUCGUCAAGCGCCUCCACUUGGGCCCCAUGCACUGUGGAGCCCUUUGCUUGCUGGGGUCAUUGCUUGCUCUGGUGGUCAGCCUGCCUCUCUUCUUCCUUGGCUGCUCAACCCACCAGAUUGCAGGCAUCACUCCACAGCCUGGCAUGCAACCAAGAGCAGAGCUGUUUCCAGGCUGCAUGGCAGCCUGCUCCUGCCCAGUCGAUGGCUUCAACCCAGUCUGUGACACCAGCGCCCGUGUAGAGUACAUCACGCCCUGCCAUGCUGGCUGCACGGCCCAGGUGGUCCAGGCAGAUCUGGAUAAAAGCAAGGUUUUCUAUAGCAACUGCAGCUGCAUGGUUGGGGGAGGCCUGGUGCCCGCCAGCUCCUGCGACUCAGCCUGCAGCCACCUGGUGCUGCCCUUCAUCUUCCUGGUCAGCCUGGGAGCGGCACUGGCCAGUGUCACCUACACACCCACCUUUAUGCUCAUCCUAAGGGGCGUGAAGAAAGAAGACAAGACUUUGGCUGUGGGCAUCCAGUUCAUGCUCCUGAGAGUUUUGGCCUGGAUGCCAAGUCCUGUGAUCCAUGGCAGCGCCAUUGACACCACCUGUGUGCACUGGGUCCUGAGCUGUGGGCGUCGAGCUGUGUGCCGCUACUAUGACCUUGACCUGCUCCGAAACCGAUUCAUUGGUAUCCAGUUCUUCUUCAAAACUGGCUCACUGGUGUGCUUUGCCUUGGUUUUGACCAUCCUGAGGCAGCAGAACAAAGAGGUGGAGACCAAGGCAGCUGGGCCUAGCCCUGGCCUACAGCAACAACCAUUAAUGUCAAGGCCAGAAAAGAAGCUGAAGGAUUCCAGUGUGUGAGCUGUCCUGGGACCCAUCCCUGCCGAGUGGCAGCCACAGUGGUGCCUCCUCAGCAUUGCUUGCCCAAGAUUGAGUGUUAGGAACACGGUGUUCCAGUUCUGGCUCCACCACUGAAUUUUGAGUGACUUCAGGCAAGCUACUGGCUCUCUCUGGGCCUUUGUUUUCUCAUCAGAACCAAGGACUUAUUUGGGGGUUUGUAGUAUUGGUCACUUCUGAAGAGGGUCUUCCCGAGUUCUCCCCCAACAUCCAGCUGACCCCAAAUCAAGUUUUCCUGGCUUGGAGGGCUGCAUAUCUUCACCUGGGGCCCUAGGAUAGGGAAAUCGACCAGAGUAGACCAGGCUGCUCUCCACACCACACACAGCCCUGCUCUGCCUCUCAUCUGGAGCACCCUCCAUGAACUUUAGUCCUCUCCUCUGUCAGGUGGGAAUGGACUGGCCAGCUUUCAGGCUCAUUCAGCUGUGACCGUUUGUGUGGUCAGGAGACACAGGUCUCCUCCCUAAACCUCAAGAACUGUCCCUUUGGCGCCCUCUGGAGGCUGAGUCCAAAGUUGGCUUUUAGGGGGCGCCCCAUCAGAAAGAGGAAGCAGGCCUCCCACUCAGGACCUCCUAGCUUGGCAAAGCCCUGGUGUGGAAGGCUGGCAUGGAGCUUUGCCCAAAGGGGAUACUUGCUCUAAGAAGUCCCAGUUCAGGGAGCCACAGUUUGGGGGUGAGCCCCAGCCCCUACUUUAGAGGCCCUGUGUGGAAGGGGAGACUGACCUGAACACUUGGGUAUUUUCCAACUUCAGAGACCAAAUGUAAUUUCUAUCUCUGCAUUGUCAAGAUCGCACACAUUUGACAAGGGGCCACUAAAGUCACUGUGACUUUUGUGAAUAGAAUCCUAGUUUCCUCUUUUCUUCCCCAGUGCCUAAGUCCUUGUCAUUGGACUAUAUAAUGUUCAAUUCCAUGAGGCUCAAGUUGGUGGUAGCCUCUGGCUCUCUGGGGCUCAUGUAUUGGUGCAAGCCCAGGCCCAUCACACUGGGAAUAGUGACACCCAACUCUGUGCAGUGAGCUCUACUGUAGCAUGCUUGGGUUGGAACCGCCUGAUCCAUUGCUAUGAAAGGAUUUGUCUUGUUUUCUGCCCUGUCUUGUCUGGCCUGGAUAUUUCCCAGGGUUAGGAGAGUGUCUCGCAAUUGCUCUCAGUCCCAUCUGCUGCUACUUGUACACCCUGGCUGGAGCUUGUAUCUUGGGAGACAGCACAUUGAGAGCUACUGCUGGGUGAGGGCACUCAUGGCUCUUGGCCUCUGGGCAGCUCCCAGUGCCAGAACUCUGGGGCUUUCCCAUGUGAAAGAUGACAAAGGAGGUAGAGAAGGUCUAAUUCCUAUUUUAUUCUACUGCUUAACUAUAAAUGUUUGGCAAAUAUCUGAGCCCGUAUUUAUCAAUGCCAGGAAUUUCAAAGUCUCCUCCAACAACAUGAGGCUUAAGUAGGUUUAUAGUCCUUCUCCUUCCCCUUGUUGCCCAGGUUUUGCAGAUAUAAUUUGGAAUUAUAGAUACAGCUUAUUAUUAAAUUUGUUCUUGUAUAAUGUCUCUUCUAUUACAAAAAUCCCUUCUUAUAAACUGCAUUAGAGGUUUGCACCAACCA